AUGAUUAGAUACGUGGAACAGGGUCGGCCGGCUUGCCUAAAGGGUAUGGCAAUUCGUUCGGCUCCUGGAAGUGAUCCCCACCACAAAGCGUUGCUGGAUGUUCCGGAGAAUAGACAAAACGAUACCCCGCUGAUUCUGGCAGCUCAAUACCAGAAAGAGGCCAUAUUCCAACUGCUGCUGGAUACAGGAGCAGAUGUCAUUGCUCGCAAUGCGCUCGCUGAAAAUGUUCUGUUCUGGGCCACCAAGUGA